AUGUCUACGCUGACACCCAAUAACAAUAAUAAUCAACAAAAUCAGUGGUAUUUCUCUGAUAAUAUGUUUGGAGAUUUUAAUUUAGGAGGAAUGAAUAAUGGUGGUGUUACUAGUAGUUUGGAUACAAGUCAGUUGGCUUUUACUCCACUCAUUGAACAACAUCGAAAUAAUGAUGAUUGUUGCCAAUUGAAUACUACUAGCACUUUUGAUAUUGAUAAUGAUAUUGAUGCCAUGACAAACAAAACUACACCAACAACUCAAGGAAAAUCAAAGGAAAAGAAAAAGCCAAAGAUUGCAUGCGUUUAUUGUAACAAAUUGCACAAAAAGUGUGAUGGCGAAUCUCCAAAUGCUUGUACCAGAUGUAAGAAGAAGGGUAUUCCAUGUGUUUAUUUACCACCUCAAAAGAGAGGUCCAAAGUCAAAGAAGAGAAAGGCAAAUGAUGGAGAUGAGGAAGAAUACACUGUAGAACAAUUAACAUGUGCUGCUGGAUUGUGUGCCAACCAAAAUCAACAAAUCCAACAAAUUCAACAACAACAAGCUCAACAACAAUUUAAUGCUCCUGUAUAUUUCAAUCAAUCACCACCUCAACAAGCUCAACAAACUCAACAACAACAAAUUGUACAACACCAAACUCAACAACCUCAAAAAAUAGUUAGCUCUGUUGACUUGGACUCUUACAUUACUGAAGCUAUUUUCUCUUCCAAUAAGAAUACUAAUCCAUCUACUGCUCUUACCAAUUUCUAUUCACAACCGCAACAACCUAGUCCACUUACAGGUCUCCAAUUUGCAGUCAAUGUUCAUACAAGAACACUCGUCGAUCAAUUCUUAGAUUCUGUGACAUGCCACUCCCUUGUAGAUAGAAACAUGUUGGAUAAUGCCCUCAAUAAGGCUGUUAUUUUUUCAUCUGAACCAACUGGUUACCAACUCUUAACAAAUAUUGUAUGUGCAAUGGGCGCUCAAAGAUUAGAGGACAGAAAGAACUGUAUUGAAUUUUUCAAUAGAGCAAGAAAUCAAGCUAGUUACUUGUUUGAUAAGCCAUCUAGGGAAGCUUCAUGUGCUUUGAGUUUGAUGGGUAUUUAUGCUUGUUCAGAAGGUGAAAGAAUCAAAGGUCACAUGUACAACAGAAUUGCUUUGGACAUGUCUACGGACUUGUGUUCUUACCAAAUUGAAACCGACAAGUAUUACCAAACUCUUUCUGCUCUCUCAUUGGCAACAACGUUCUCUAAAUGGUUGUUCGAGUUGAACAUUCUCAAAGUUGAAGAAAAUUCAUUUGAUUGCCUUCUUAAGAAUGCCAAUAAUCCAAACCAUCCUCAAAUUCCAUCCAUUCGUGAACUUGUUAAAAAUGUUAAAAACUAUAUUGGUUCUUCGAAGUGUAUGCGCGAGAUUGAAGAAAUAGAAACCAAAAUUGCCGAUAUGAGUCUUGUUAAGGGAAGUGAAGAAGUCUCUUUCACAGCCAUUUUGGUUUACUACUUGUUGGUCUCAAGACUUGCCAUGUUGACAAAUAACCAAAUCGAAUAUAUCAAGAUUUUGAGAAAAUUAGAAACUAUUGAAAAGUAUAUUGAAUCAGAAAAGUUUAACAGAGAUGAUCUCCAAAAGAAUGUGCACAGAUUCUGUCUCUAUUCUCUUAGAUCGGAUAUUUUGGUGAGAUGUGGACUAGAUAAGAUGGGUUUACACUGUGCUACCAAGGCAACUGGUUUAGCAGCUAAGCCAACUUUCUGGAAGUCAGCACCAGCUAUUAUUCUCUUCUUCCCUAUCCUUAUCAACAUUAACCUUAGUGUUAAUGAUAGUAGUAUGUCUAUUGAAAAUUACAAAUCACUCAAGGUUAUCAGCUCUAAAUUUGUAGUUUUAAAAUAUACCCUAUUUGAUAUGAUUAAUAUCAUGAAUAAGAGAUCAGAGUUUGCUGAUCUCUUAGAGAGUGAAAGACAACACGUUCCACAAGGUAUUACAAAUUCAAGUGGAUAUCUUCCAUUCACUAAUGAUGUUCCUCAAUGUGAAUCAUGUCCUCCACAGGAUUGGAAUACUAAUAUCUUUGACCAAAACAAUAACAACGAGUCAUGUUUCCCUAACUCUGAUCUUACAGAAUUAUUGCAACAACUAGGAACUGUGAGCGAUCAUGAAUCCUAUCAGAACAAGUUAGAAUCGAUAUGGCAAACAAUUGGUCAAUAA